CCCCGCUUGGUUUGUCCAGCAUCGUUUUGCUCUUUGUUUCUUUGUUUGUUCUUGUGGCAAUGCUGUCCCAGUAGUCGUAAAUCAAACAAAGGAAGCUGUUCGACGACCGAGCAAGUGACACGUGGGCGUGGGGCGAUAGGGCGACGAGCUGGUGAGUACUCUUGGACGAUAUUUUCUUCCCUCCUCCUGCUUUGUGUCUUUGCUUCCUGUGUUGUUGUGCUCGUAUUUCACAGCAACGAAGCAGCAGCACGGUUAAGGUCACAACCACGCACCAAUCAACCCCAACAAGAACAUUGACGGAUACAAAGCCAGAAAGCCGGUGGGGACGAGCAGGAUGAGGCGUCAUCAGGACAGCCGUGGCAAGAUGGCUGCUGUGGCUAUGGGCGUUUUGCUUGUGGGUUUCGUGGUUCAGCGACACCUGCGUGUGAUGGCAAACGUGGUGAUGGUGGAGGACAGGAAUGGCGUAUUCCACAUCAACACCAGCAACCCAGCCAAUUCCACUUUGUUCUUCAAUGGCAUGGACGUGGGCAAGUUGUUUGAAGUGGUGGAAGCACAAGCAAGCGCGCUGGAAGCGCAGGCGAGCAGGCUGGAAGCACAAAACCGUGAACUUCAGGAACAGCGCGGCCUGACCUGCCUCCUGCGACACCCUACCACGGACACCACCACCAUGGCCAGCGUUGGAAUUGGAGGAAGCCAUGACUGGCUUGGCGGCGUUUUGGCCAACAACGGCCUCAUUUACGGCAUCCCGUUUAGCUCCACCUCUGUCCUUAUCAUUGAUCCCACCACCAACACCGCUGAUACAACUACCAUCACUGGGCUCGGCUCAGGCGGCGACAAGUGGGUUGGUGGUGUGCUGGCUGCCAACAGUCUCAUUUAUGGGUUUCCACACGACGCUCCAGCUGUCCUAGUCAUCGAUCCAGAGACAAACACUGUGGACAACACCACACUGGGUGGACUGCCAUCAGACUUCGGCAAGUGGACCAGCGGUGUGGCUGCCAACAACGGCCUCAUCUAUGGCAUCCCCUGGUUUGCCUCCUCUGUCCUCAUCAUCAACCCGUCCACCAACACCACUGACACCACCACGAUCACUGGCUUUGGUGGAGGCGGAAACAAGUGGUACGGCGGCGUGCAAGCGAGCAAUAGUCUCAUCUACUGUAUCCCCGCCCACGCUCUAUCCGUGCUCAUCAUCGACCCAGCCACCAAUAUGUCAGACACCACCACCAUCGACGGUUUGUCGGGGAGUUUCAAGUGGCAUGGCGCCGUGCUUGCAGGCAACGGUCUCAUCUUCGGCAUCCCGCUCAGCAGUACGUCCGUCCUCAUCAUAGACCCAGCCACCAACACUGCGGACACAACGUCCAUCACUGACCUUUCAGGUGACAGUUUCAAGUGGAUCGGUGGUGCGCUGUUGCCAAAUGGCCGCAUCAUCGGCAUCCCAUACUCCGCCUCGUCUGCACUUGUCAUUGACACAACCACCAACACCGUCAACGCCACGUCCCUCCCUGUUCCUGCUGGCGACCUCAAGUGGUACGACGGCGCCCUCGCCAACAACGGCCUCAUCUACGGCAUGCCCCGCAACUCCAGAGCUGUUCUUAUCAUCGAUCCUGGCUGCUGAGCAAAGUGAUACCCACGUGUUAGCGUGUUGCCUUGCGCGUCUGUGCCUUCUUGCACCCUCUCUGUACGUCGUGCUUCUGCGAGGCGUGCCAUCAAGCCAUCCUCGCCAUCGUUUUCUGUUCUUGUAUCUUGUUGCAGUGUCGUGUCCUUGUGUUCGUAAUCUCUCUUCUGAGCCUGUUCUUGUUGCCUGUCCUGUCCUCCUCUCUUCUCUUGAGCUUGUCGCUUCUGCUUUCUUUCCAAGCCUCCCAUCCUCUGUUGGCUAUUCUGUGUUUCCUUCUCUUCUGUUGUGCUGUGGAGUGAAUCCAUCGUGACUGUGGGUACUUCUCUGUCCCAUCUCCAGCUUGCUUCCUUUUCCCCACUGACCAAUAGAAUGCACCAUGCUCCA